UAGAUGUAGAAUUUAAGGGAGCGUCUAGGAAGAAGCGUUCUCUAAAAGGGAUUUAAACUGCUUUCAUAGUGCCCUAGAUGUUAGAUAUAAGAAAUGGCCUUUUCUUGCCCUGUCUGGAAUUUAAAAAACUGCCAUACUUUAAAACCCUGCAGAAUUUAUUCAAAGAAAUAGGCAUAAAUUAAGAUGUUAACCAUUGCUACAACUUAUUUCUAUGCUUGUUGCAAAAUCUGCAUAUUUUUCUCAGCAGGCUAAAAUUGUGACACACCAGGUUUCUGCACGUCAGUGUUGGUAACACCAUGGUGGGAGCAGGAGCAGGAGCAGCACAGUGUUGUAUAAUUAGCUUGUGGCCUCUGCUGUGACUGGACAGUGAAUGGUAGUAACCAGACACAGCACAGCGGAACUGAUCCAUCAGUUUCCUUUUUUAGACUCCUUGCCCUCCCCCUCUGCAGACGCCGGGAGUGUACAUAUGUGUGUUUGACUGCGAAAGAGUUCUGCUGCAGCGAGAAGAGUUUACACUCCAGCAUUCCUCGAGUUAGCACUAAAGUGCGAGUUAUUUAGAUGGCUUUGUGUUUGUGAAGUGGUGACUGCCAUGCUUCAGACUGAAGUCAAGUCUUGUGUGAUGUACAGAAAUAGCAAGCCCCACAUGCCUUCGUCACCAGAACUCUGAGCAAGCGCUGAAGUAGUUAUGAUUACAAAAGCUUUCCCCAGACAAUUUGGUCUACCCACAUUGCUGAUGAGUGAUCCCAGUGUUGGACAGAGCAGGCUACGGGUCCUGGUUUGACAUGCUGCAAUUUUGAGGUUUGAUGGGAGCAAGCUUUUCACCCUCCCUGUGCCACAGAAUGAGAGGCCUGCUGUUUGGGUUUAGGUUUAGCUGUGUUGUAAUUAGAUUUUUUUUAAUGUGUGUGUUUUGUGUAUGGGAAAGCAAAGAAAAAGGGAGGGAAUAAAGCUCGGGGUGGAACCCUGAGAGGAAUUAAGUCUCUGCACAGAGAGAAAAUCAAGCAGAGAAAUGGAUUGAUGACACGUUUGGUAAUGACCGGGCCGGCGCGAUCGAUGACGAGUGGAAGGCAGCGACUGUGGAGGCAAUCAGGCCUUUGUGACAUGAAUAUCUUCAGGGCUGAUUUGCCUUCGGCAUCUUCAGAAAGCAUCUUCCAGGAAGCUAAAGACUGCAGUUAGGGUUGUUUUUGGAGAUCUCGCUUGUGAUUCGAUACAAGCUCCGUUUGCAGGUCGUAUUUAUGUCUUCGUUUCUGUCUGUGCUGGAGAUGGCGUUCUGAUAAGGGCUUUAAGAUGAUUCAUCAUUCGAGGUCACUGCUGUGUGUUGGCUUACAUGCUGCAGAGCAGGUCAUUUAUUCCCGCUGGUGGCUGACUCAUUUCCUCAUGGCUGUUGAGAACAUACCCACUUCAGAUAAUCGGGGGCUGGAUCCUCUUCAUGACCACUGAUGACGACUCAUACUUCUUAACUCUGUUCUCCAGGAUUAAGUGAUUUUGUUUGGGGCCAUAAAUCAAGGUACAAUUCAUUUAGAAACAAGAGCACCUCCUCCCAGUCCUUUAGAUGGCCGUCAGGUCUAUUUGUGGAUUUUUCAGCUAAAGUACUGAGUAACGUGACUUAAGUCGAGAAGAUGGUCAUGAGGCUCGCUUAGAUUGUGACUAAGCCUCUCCAUUCCCGUUGACUGAUGCCUGAUGAAACACAAGCUUGACCAACGAGCCUCGGCAUACAGAAACUAAUCAUCAGGAUCACCAGGACUAAUCGUUAAGUGUGGACUCUUGAAUGGGCAAUAUAAGCUGGAGGAGUCAGGUGUCUUCAGAGGACACAGACUCCUCUCUGAGGGACGAUCUAGAUGAGGACGCAGAGUCACAACGGUCCCAUCUGUCCACUUUCACCAUGAUACUGAAGGACAAGUUCCACUCACCCAAGAUCAAGAGAACUCCUACCAAGAAUCGAAAGCCGCAGCCCGAACCUGCAGCCAAGAGCACCGAGAAACCUGUUAACAAGAAGGUUAGCAGACUGGAGGAACAUGAAAAGGAUGUGGUUAGUGCUCUGAAAUACUUCAAGGCGAUCGUGGACAAAAUGAUGGUGGAGAAGAAGGUGCUGGAAAUGCUACCAGGCUCGGCCAGCAAGGUGCUCGAAGCCAUCCUUCCUCUGGUUCAGGUAGAGGCUCGGCUACAGCACAGCUCAGCACUGUCUUCCUGCCACAGUCGUGUCUAUCAGAGCCUCGCCAAUCUCAUUCGUUGGGCAGACCAGGUGAUGCUGGACGGCAUCGACUUGGACGACCAGGAAAACGUGGCCUCUGUCAAGAAUGUAAUCAAAGCCGUGUUGGAUGGAGUAAAGGAAUUGGUGAAACUUACCAUUGAGAAACAGGAGCAUCCAUCACCCACCAGCCCAAACAAACCAGCACCACCUGUUACGACAGCAGAGAGCAAUGUGUCAGCGGAGAUUCCCCAGAAGGACGGCAAGCUGGAGGUCACAAGUAAGAAGGCUCCAGUUGCUUCUCCUGCAAAGACCGCUCCUGAAUUACACGAUGAGGAAGUGGCCCCUCCCAAACCUCCGCUUCCUGAAGCCAAAGUGGCAGAGCUCAGAGCACAGUUGAGUGCUGAUGCUGGCCCAAGGAGACCCCCUCAGAAGGAGAACCCACCACCAGCUCUUCCACCCAAGAAGCGCCAGUCAGCCCCUUCACCAACACCAGUGGCUGUGGUCGCCCCAAUGAGCCGUGGUUCCAGCUUACCAUGUAGUGACCACAGACAGGAGUACGAGCAUGAAUACUUCCAGAGGCGUUUCUCCGGGGGCAGCCACUCCUACGGGGGAGACUCUCCCCGUCUGUCUCCGUGCAGCAGCAUGGGGAAACUCAGCAAGUCUGAUGAACAGCUUUCAUCCAUGGAGCAGGAUAGCGGUCAGUGUUCUCGUAACACCAGCUGUGAGACACUCGACAACACGGAGACUUACGACCCAGAUUACGACUUCCUCCACCAGGACUUGUCUGUUGGGGACAACCUUCCUCCGAUUCCGGUGGGAGGCUGUCUGAGCCCCCUGCCGGAGUCUCACAGCGAGUCUUCGUCCCCUGUUCCUGGACAGCAUCCCUCACACCCCCACUUCAGCGCUCCUCUACCCCAGCAGUCGGAGUACUGGACUCCUCAGUCUAAUCAAGCCAAUCCCAUACUGUCCUCGCGCGUCAGCGCGCCCCCCGCCCUGCCGCAGAAGAAACGGUACAGCACGUCAACGUCGUCCUUCUCCGACGGAGGCUCCAGGGUGCUGUACGAGCGCCACCACUCCCAUUACGACAACCUGUCAGAAGAAGAGCUUCACCCUACACCACCAUUCCCCCUGUUCACACCCAUCUCACCCAUGCCCCAGACAAAUGGGGGAGUCUUUGUGUCCCAAUUCAUUUCAAGUGAGAACACAGAUGUCCCCUGCAGCCCGCCGCCGCUGCCAGAAAAGAAAAGCAGAAACAUUCUUCAGUACAUGCAGUUUGUGGAGGACUACUCCGAGCCACAGCCUUCCGUUUUCUACCAGAUGCCGCAGAGCGAAAGCAUCUAUGAGCAGCGUAACAGACUUUUCCAGGAGGUCUACGGCUUCAACGACUCCUUCAGCAGCACUGACUCGGUUCAUGAGCCCCUGCUACCCCCAGCGUUGCCACCAAAGCAAAGACAACUGGCCUCCCACUCCUCUUCCCCUUCUUCCUCCUCCUCCUCUUCUCUCUCCUGCCACCUCCAGCCGUCUGUAGCGGCCACGGAGGAGGCGGGCUCUGGGCUGGGCCUCAGCAUGUCCGUCUCUAACUCCUGUCUGAGUGGACAGGCGUCUUUGACCACGCCCACGAGCUUGGACCAGGUUGCCUUGACCAAUGCCACCAUACUGGAUGGCAGCGGGGACGGGCCCAACGGUUCCCUGGCUGGCUCCAUGGGUUCUGUGGCUGUCUGUCUUCCUUCUGAGUCUUCUCUCACUGACUCUCUCCACACCUCAGCGAGCGAAAGCGUGAAUGAUGAGGGCGGGGAGGGGGAGUAUGUCAACUUAUACACAUCCAGCCAGGCCAAUGGGGAGCUUCCUCUCUCCCUCAGAGAAACUAUUGCAGCAGAUGAUGUACUUCAAGACCCCGCCCCUCAGAUGCCAUCCAGCAAUAGUAAAGAUGCUUUGGACAAAGAAAGGAGGCAGAAGCCAACAGAAGUCACCCGGAGUGAUGAGGAAAACGUGGACGAGCUUUCCCUCAUAGACCACAAGGAGAUUAUGAGCAGGAUAACACUAAAGCAGGAAAAUGACGAUGGUCCUGAUGUUCGUGCCGGGUCGGGAGACAUCCUAUUAGUCCACGCUACAGAAACAGACCGCAAAGAUCUCGUUUUGUACUGUGAAGCCUUUCUGACUACAUAUAGGACUUUUAUAACCCCAGAGGACCUCAUUAAGAAGCUGCACUACAGGUACACCACCUUCUGUCACAGUCCGGACACCAACAAGAAGCGAGUCAGCAAGAACACGUUCUUUGUUCUGGUUCGUGUCGUGGAUGAGCUCUGUCUGGUGGAGUUGACGGAGGACAUCUUGAAACAGCUCAUGGACCUGGUGUUCACACUGGUGUGCAGUGGCGAGCUCAGCCUCGCUCGUGUGCUCCGCAAGAACAUCCUUGACAAGGUGGAGCAGAAGAAGUUGCUGCGUUACACCAACUCCCUUAAGCCCCUUGCUGCCCGGGGAGUCUCUGCAAGACCUGGAACUCUUCAUGACUUCCGCAGUCAUGAGAUCGCUGAUCAGCUCACUCUUCUUGAUGCUGAGCUGUUCUACAAAAUUGAGAUUCCAGAGGUUCUGCUUUGGGCGAAGGAGCAGAAUGAGGAGAAGAGUCCGAACCUGACUCAGUUUACAGAGCACUUUAAUAACAUGAGCUAUUGGGUCCGAUCUUUGAUCAUUCAGCAGGAAAAAGCCCAAGACCGAGAGAAGCUGCUUCUCAAGUUCAUUAAGAUAAUGAAGCACUUAAGAAAGUUGAAUAAUUUUAACUCCUAUUUGGCAAUACUGUCCGCCCUGGACUCGGCCCCCAUCCGGAGAUUGGAGUGGCAGAAGCAGACCUCAGAGGGACUGGAGGAGUAUUGCACGCUGAUUGACAGCUCUUCAUCCUUCAGAGCAUACAGAGCUGCUCUGGCCGAGGUGGAGCCUCCAUGCAUCCCGUACCUAGGUCUCAUUCUGCAGGACCUGACCUUUGUGCACCUGGGAAACCCUGACCUCAUUGAUGGAAAGGUCAAUUUCUCCAAACGCUGGCAGCAGUUCAACAUUCUGGACAGUAUGCGGCGCUUUCAGCAAGUGCAUUAUGAGCUGAAACGCAACGAAGACAUAAUCUCCUUCUUCAACGACUUCAGCGACCACCUAGCCGAAGAGGCCCUGUGGGAGCUCUCGCUCAAAAUUAAGCCUCGGAACAUCACCAGGCGCAAGACAGACCGUGAGGAGAAGACCUAGGAGCCCGCGCGGGCCUCAGACUCUGACCUCCAACUGUGCUUCAUGACACUAACUCUACUUCACUACAAACUUGAGAGAAAGACUAAUAGAAGCUAUCCACUGAAGCAAACAGGGGACUGGUUGUGGGGAACUCUGAACAAACGACUGAAGCGUCACUGAGGUUUACAAAGAGCCCUACCACUCUGGGAGAUUCUAACUGGGAUUAAUGUUGCUCCAUCACGGAGACAGGGAGAGAUUAAGAAGACUGCAUGAAACCAGGGAAGACAACCCGGUGCUGAUGAGGAGAGGAAUCAGAGCGGACAGGGAGACACUACGGAAAUGACCAAAGUCUGCUCUCUGAACUCUCUGUUAGAGUGGAGCUGUGUGCGUGUACAUGUGUGUGACAAUAAGCUGAACAGUCUAUUACUUUUCCUCCCAAUUCCCUUUUCCCCCUUAUGUAUGUGCCAUUUUGCUGGUCAUCUUCAACCUUCUCCUGGACUUACGAGUUCCCCUCAAUCAGCAGUGACCUGCCGCAAAUUGAGACGUGCUGCAGAAUCUGCUGCAAGCAUCGAAGGGGAAACCCCAACUUGAUGAGA